GCCGGACAGAGCCUCCUAUAUAAGAGCUUAUUUGACCUUUUUAUGUAAGUUCGAGGGCCUAUAUGAUCCUUUUCUCUAAAUAAAAUAAUGCCCCGUAUAAAAUAAAAUUAAUCAAGCAUUUUACAUGUCUUAUUAGGUCUAUCUUUCUUCAGUUUGAAGUUCGAGUAAUCUUAGCUUUUCAUGUAGAGUUACUACUAGUAUGACUUUUAGUAAAUGUUAUAAACGAUCCCAUUUGAAAUUUUAGAUUGAGAUAAAUAUAAGAAUAUUAUUUUUCGAAAUACUCCGAAUGAUUUUUACACAACUAAUAAAUAAUUGUGGUCAAAUUCGAAUACAUGAAUGGUGAAAAAGUCAAACAAUUAUAAUCGAUAAAAGAUGUAUGUAGUACGUAAUAAUGGUAAUAUAAUAAAAGAAGUGAAAUUUAGAGGCUCAUAUGUAGCGUAUUACCGGAGAUGGGCUGGACAAAAAUGUUGAAUUUAGAGCUUCCACCGAUGGUGAAGGUUUUCUUCUGGCAAGCUUGUGUUGAUUGUCUACCAUGUAAGCAGUGGCUUGUUCAACGAAGGGUACCGGUGUGGCCGAGAUGUGCGAUAUGCGGGAAUGAGGAGGAGACUUCACUCCAUAUUCUCCGGGAUUGUUCCUUGGUUAAUGCGGUUUGGCGUAGCAGGGGUCGGAAUUUCCUUCAGAUUGCAGCUGCUAGCUUUGGGGAAUGGGCUAGUUUGGUGGCAGAACGUGGUACGAGAGCUGAGUUUGAACAAUUUGCUAUGACUAGCUGGAGUUUGUGGAAAGCCCGUAAUGAGAAAGUGCGAAAGAAAUUAAACCCGGACUGGAAGGGAGUCAUCACGUCUGGCGAUGCCAUGCUGGAGGGCUGGCGGGAAGCGCAACAAUCCACGCUACAUGAGAGAACAAAACCGGGGCAGAGAGGAAAAUGGCAGGUUCCAGAAGCGGACUUUGUGAAAAUCAAUGUUAAUGCCUCCAUACCAACCAAGGAAGACACGCGAGGAUUGGGGUUGAUUGCUCGUAAUAGUUGUGGAGAAUUCAUAGCUGGGAAGAACGUGAGGAGAUGGGGACACUUCUCACCCGGGACGACAGAGGCACUGGCAAUAGAGGAAGCUGUUCGAUGGGCUAUGGAGCGUGGAUGGCAAAUGAUCAUCGUGGAAUCAGACGCUCAACAUAUUGUGAAAGGGCUUCACAAAGGAGAGAGAAUUCACUGUAAUGAUAUUAUAUUUAAGAAUAUUAGACACAUGAUGCCUAAGUUUGCUAAUAUAAGUGUCCAGUAUGUGCACCAUUCAGCAAAUCAAGCUGCCCAUAUUCUAGCACGGGAAGACUAUUCUGGGUCUGUCGGUAUUUGGAUUGAUAAUCCACCUGAUUGUAUUAUUCAUGUUCCGAGACAUGAUUUGAAUUAAUGAAGUUAUUGGAUUUCCAAAAAAAAUUAUAUAUAGCGUGUUUGGUAACAUUGAAAUCGGC